AUGUCCUCCUCCGCCAUCGCAGCCCGCAUAGCCCACGGCAGGCCCCUCGUCCGCGCAUUCCCCUCCACCCCCCUCUCCGGCCCCGCCCAGCUGUCCGACGCCCUCGACUCCAUCCUCAACCGCGCUCUCGCCGCCACCAGAGCUUCCUCAUCAUCACCACAAUCUGGGGCUGCAGCUGCGGCCUCCACUGUAGAAGUUCUCCGGGCGAAAGCGCAGGAGCAGAAGAUUGCGCAAACGGGAGCCGCUGUUCAAAGAUUAAAAGCUGGAAAUGCCAUGCGCCAAUGGCCGUUAUCAAAGCACAUUGUUACCCCUGUCAACGAUCCUCUGUUCUAUACUCGAACGAGAAACGCCAUACACAAUGCUGAGAAGGGUAUCAAAAGACCGUGGUGGAAGGUCUUUUUCAAUGUCAAGGGGGCAGAAUAG